AUGAAAAACGACGAUCCGAACAAGCAAGCAGCUAAGCUGGAAUUCAACACGUUGAAGCACGAAACGAGAAAAGCUGUAGAUGCAGCUAAAGCAGAAUCCUGGGAAAAUUUUCAACAACUGUUCACAAGUAGUUCCUCCACCUCUGAACUAUGGCAAAACUAUAAUAGAUUAAGUGGGAAAAGAAAGGCCAAAGGACGUGGACUCAUCAUUGACAACGUAUACAACAGUGAUCCCAUGACCAUAGCGAACCAUCUUGCGGAUUUCUUUGCAGAAUCAUCAGCGACAGCAGGGUAUCCUGAAAGCUUUCUAGCAAUCAAGGACCACCACGAGGCAAACGAACUAAAUCUGGAGACAGCAGAGGAUUCUAUCCUCAACCUGGACUUCACCAUCCAUGAACUGUUUCAAGCACUUGAUCACGCAACAGGAACAUCAGAAGGUCCAGACCAAAUAGGAUAUCCUAUGCUCAAAAGGCUUCCUUUCUACUGCAAGAAAAAAUUGUUGUCAGCAUUCAAUCAAAUUUGGCACAGCGGGGUCGUUCCCAAAAAAUGGAAGGAAAGCAUCAUAAUACCUAUCCAAAAAGGAGCAGGGCAGCCAAAUGAAGCCAGCAGUUUCCGACCCAUAUCACUCACAAGCUGCGUCUGCAAAACGAUGGAGAGAAUGGUCAACCACCGCCUCAUAACAGCAUUAGAAAAACAAGGAAGCCUGCAUCCUCGACAGUUCGCUUUUCGUAAGGGGAAAGGGAUUACUAACUACUUUGCUGAAUUUGAUGACAUAAUUUCGAAGGCCGCUGUUAACGGAGAACACUGUGAAAUAGUGACGCUAGACAUUAAAAAGGCCUACGACAGAGUGUGGCACAGAAGCAUAAUGGAGGCAGUUUUAGACAGUAAAGUAGGAACCCGAAUGAACAAAUUCAUUUCAAGCUUUCUGCAGCAGCGUUCAGCAAGAGUCAGCUUCGGCGGUCAGAUGUCCCGAUGUUUCGAACAAGAGAACGGAGUUCCUCAGGACUCAGUUAUUUCUGUCACCCUUUUUCUGCUGGCCAUGAAUUCACUGUUUCAGGUCAUCCCAAAAAAUGUUAAAGUCUUCGUCUACGCCGAUGACAUUGUAAUUAUUGCAACGGGGAAACGAGUUGGAUUUCUUCGGAAAAGACUUCAAAAGGCUGUAACCGCAAUCGAGGAGUGGGCCAAAAUUAAAGGCUUCCAAAUGUCACCCACAAAGUCAACAACAAUGCACUGCUGUAAGGUUCGACGGCAUAAAAACUGGCACUUAGAUGGAGCGAAGACCAUCUUGGACGGUGCUGAAAUACCUAAAGUUAAGACGACCAGAAUACUGGGAAUUCUCUUCGACAAAAAGUGCAAGUUUAAUCAACACGUUAAGCAACUGAAGGACGAUUGUAGGAGUCGACUGAACCUGUUAAAAGCCAUUUCGAGGAUGGCGGACAGGAAAACACUGCUAUACAUAGGGAAUGCCACCAUUACAUCAAAACUGAUUGGACUGCCAACAAAAGACCGGAUUAAAUCAAAUGCCGGCCGUACCCAGGACACGGUCCUUUAUCGAUGGACGAAAGCUGCACAAAGACAACUUGAAAUUAAGGAAAAUCUAAAACCAAUCUUCCUUUUACGUUUCAGACUCUUGUUAUUACUUUCCACUGGACCGGAGUUACUUUAUUCGAAACAAGACGCAAAAAUCGACCUACGAGACAUAGGACGACAACCCAUUUUAAUAUUUCAUCAUGGCGAAGCACGAAUCAGACUAGACUACAAAUACUACAUACAUCAUUUCAAUCUCACCUCAAUCAGAUUCCAUGUCAGAAGCCUCAAAGAUCAGUUUGAAAAUCUAAGUAAAAACCAGUUCACAGAUUUGAUUGUAGAAAAAUUCAACGAAAUUGAUUUUGCAUUGAAAAGUAUUGACCCAGUCAAACGUCAAAAACGAUGGGAUAGGUUAGGCAGUGCUUGGAAAUUUUUAGCUGGCAAUCCCGAUGCCAAUGAUUUAAGAAUAAUCAACUCUUCGAUUAAUAACCUAAUUAUAAAUAAUAAUGAGCAGAUCAAGAUAAAUAGAGAGCUUAAUUUACAAUUAAAAGAGGCUAUCUUUAAAACCAAAAAGGCCAUAAGCCUAUUCAAUGUGGGGUCUAUUGAAAUAUAUUGUACACGAAUUUUGUUUCAUUUAAAUUUUUUAUCUGAAAGACUUAACCAAAUUAUUGAAACAAUAACGUUGGCAAAGUUAGGGAUCGUUAACGAAAAGGUUCUUAGUCAACAAGAAAUUGAAAUUUUGAUUGCGGAUUUAGAUAAGGAAAAUGUGACAGUUCAUACAGCCAUCGAAGCCACAUCCUAUGCUUCUACCGCAGUAAUGUCAAACAAACUAGAAAUCGCACUUAUCAUCAAGAUGCCCAAGCUGGACCCAAGGAUCUUCAACAAGGUGCACAUAUAUCCAAUUGUGCAGGACCGAAAGCAAAUUCACCUACCCAAUCCAUUCUUUCUCACCCACGGAAAAGACAUAUACCAGGUAAAUUCCAUUGAACCCAUCAUAUACGACGAAAGCGAAACACACGUGGAUAACUCAACUUGCGUACCCCAUCUACUGAGAGGAAAUCCCGCAACAUGCAAUUUUACCAUUAACCCCAUAUCAGAACAAAUCAGUUAUCUGGACGACCAACACCUUCUCAUCAAUUCAGUAACAAAUUUCACACUAUCGUCAAACUGUGGCCUAACCGACAGAAAUCUGUCCGGAUCAUUCGUCAUACACUUUCACGACUGUCAUCUGAUCAUCAACAACAUCUCAUAUUAUCAACGCUCACAAAAGUUACCGGGAAAUCCGAUCCAACUACCGCUGGAUGGCAUCGAAGUCAAGAAACAUCAAGAGGUUCUUAACAUCAGUCUAGAGCACCUUCACAAGCUACACUUGGACACAAGAAAGGAGUUGGAAAUUAUUCGUCUCUCAGCCAAAAGUAUCAGCUGGCCGCAUUGGACAUUAAUCGGAGGAAUUUCGUUUUCUCCGCUCAUAAUUGGUUCAAUUAUUUUGAGUUGUUUCAGAGCAAAAACCAUCAAGGUGAAAUUCAACAAUCCCAGGAAGACCGGAAACAGUACAACGACAGGCAAUCAACAUAAUACCUCUCCAUCAACAAAUGUGGAAAAUCCAAAUAGUACCACAGCGAAACAUCAUCAUAACAUCUUCAGAAAUCCUUCUCCAGCGAGUUUGAUUCGAAUGGAACCUCAUCUCUAAAGGAGGGACGAGUUAGCUGCCGAGCUAGCCGGACGUUGACCAGUAUCGACGACGGUGAUUGCUGACCAUUCAUAUGUUGCUAGGUGGCAACAAAAACAUAAGAACCGGGGCAACGUGAAUUGCUGACGGCACGCGUGGAGCGGAUGACGACAACGACGACAUCGACGACGGUGAUAAGUGCAAUUAAGCAGUUUGAAUUGUAGUUAAAGCUGUUAGGAAAAUAAAGUUCAGUUCUUUUUAGACUAGCGAGUA